CGCAGACAGCAAAGCCGUGCCUGAGGGACCCCCACCGGGAAAAGUGGGGACGGCAGGGGCAGCAGAGCCACGGGUGGCCCUCCACCCGGCUGCCCCGCCACCCUGGCCGGUCGGGAAGCCCGGGCGGCUGGCGGUGCCCCCGGGAACGGCGGUGCCGCAGGAGCACACGGGCUGCCUCCCCCCGCCCGGCUCCGGCCCGGCCCUUCCUGCCGCCCGGCCGCCAUUUUGCGAAGCCGAGGCAGCCCCGCAGGCGGCCCUGCCGCGGGAGGCGGUGGCGCAGGUUUGAAUAGCUCGUAAUUAAGAUUGUAAUUUAUAAAUGCAAUGGAAGAGGGCAAGACUGAAGAUGUCCAGGGUAUUCUACGACUUAAUGUGCGAGGAUGUUUAUACACAGCCAGGCGCGAGUCUUUAUGCCGCUUUAAGGAUUCAAUGUUAGCUUCUAUGUUUAGUGGACGCUUUCCUCUAAAAGUGGAUGAAUCAGGAGCAUGUCUAAUUGAUCGAGACGGAAGCCUGUUUAAAUAUCUUUUGGAUUAUCUUCAUGGAGAAGUUCGGAUUCCUAGAGAUGAACAAAUUCGAAUUGCACUGCAGGAGGAAGCAGAUUAUUUUGGCAUUCCUUAUCCAUACAGUCUAUCUGACCAUUUGGCCAAUGAAAUGGAGACAUAUUCUUUAAGGUCAAAUAUAGAACUUAAAAAGGCUUUGUUAGAUUUCUGUGAUUCUUAUGAUUUAAUUUGUACCAAGCCUACAGUUUGGGUCCUGCACUAUCUCAACACUUCUGGAGCAAGCUGUGAAAGUAAAAUUAUUGGUGUGUAUGCCACGAGAGCUGAUGGGACUGAUGCAAUUAAUAAGGAAUUAGGAACAAAAAUUCAUAGUAAAAGCAUUUACAAAAGAGAAGCUGGAAAUAAUGUCCAAUACAUCUGGAGCUAUUACUCAGUAGCUGAGUUGAAAAACAUGAUGGAUGCUUUCGAUGCCUGGGAAGGGAGAGGUGUCAGCUACUGGAGAGUGCCUCAGGAGCUGAUUGAAUGUUGGACUCUUGAAGAACGCCCUUUGAAAGGCAGUUUGCAUCAUAUGCCUCCAGUUCAUAAAAGACGAUUAAUUGACUUUACUGAAGAGGAAGACUAUUUACCAUGUAAAGUGGGUCCCAAGCCAAUUCGAUUCUCAGGUCCCUCAACAAGCACCCACAUCAAAGUCAAGAACUCAGCUUCAUUAAAGGUAGCUGCUUGCAACACUUCACGUUCUGCUGUCGCUCUUAAACCACCCAAUAGUGAAAGUUUGAUGCUGCACAAAGUAGCUCCUGAAACUAUACCCACAGCGUGCACACCGGUGCCCAGCAAUUCCCAGGCUCCCUGUGGGAGGCAGAGUGCUGACAGUGGGACACAAUGUCAAAUGACAUUCAAGAUUGCAGUGUCUCGGAAGCCCAGAAACAACCGUGUAAUAAAGCUGAAGCGAACUCCACUUCUUGUGACACCAUCUCAGCCACCUUCUUCUGUAUCCAGUAAAACAAGUGAAGAGGACAGUGCUGCUGUUGAAAUUCCUACUACUUCCAUGAUACUAAACAAGAAUGAAUCAGUUGUAUUAGCAGAGAGUAUUAAACUUAAGAAUAAUAAAGUGGAUGGAUAAUGUUUGACUCAGCCCAAUAGACUGGAUAGCUUUGCAUCAUCUGCUCAAAGAAGAGAUCAUCAUCUGGUCAUUUAUUCAAAGAUUUAGUAGAAAAUUGUUAUGAAAAAGUUUGUGAAAAACAUAGGGUUAAAUUGUUUUAAGUGAGCACUGCUUUAUUUCUAAAUAUUUUUCAAAUGUUGGGGAGGAAGAAAAAUGAAUUAAAAGUCCCCCUCAAACACAAAGCAUGUACAGUCUAAUGUUUCAGUAUCUUGAAUUUGUAUUUUUGUCAGGCUGUACUAGUACAACUGACCGUUUUAAAGGGAGUACUUGCACAACAUAAAAGAAGACCUCUAUCAGAUUUAACUACAGUUAAUGUUGACUAGAGUUAACUUCUGUAAUUUGUAUCUUUAAAGUGGGGAAAAAUAGAUAACAAUAAUUAGCUUUCAUUAGAUACAAGUUGGCCACAAACAUGCAACAUACUGAGUAGUAUGAAGAUUCCAGAAGUUGCAUGCACUUACUGGUACUUCUGGUGAGCAUAAGUCACCAUAUUUUGUUAUUAAGAGCAAUGAAAGGGACCGCCUUUGCUUGUAUACAGUGAGAAAAUUCAGAAAUACAGGAAGGGAAGAAGUAUGCCUAGGGAGUUUUUUUCCGUGAACCCGAGACCUAUGUGUACUGCUUUCCUAACGUGGUGUCAUCUGCCAGGGGGUGAGGCUGCUGCAGGAAUGUGGUGCAGCCUUGGCAUUUUGUAUCGCACCACCGUGGGAUGUGUUUUCUACAGCUGCAAGGAACCUCACAGGUCUGAGUUACACCCGGCCUUCCCCUGUCCUGCAGGUCCUUUCAAAUGAGGAGGGGCCAACUCCAACUUCUGUGCAGCAAAGUAGUGUUAACUGAGAAGCCCUGGUUUGAAGAAAGAUCAAAGAACUCCUCCUUCCCCCAGAGCAGGAUAGAGGAGGCCAGCUUGUGCCAGGGUAAAUUGAGUAAUGAUACUGAAGAGCUGCUGUAUGUUUCUGUCAGCAAUGGACAGUCAAAUUUGGCUCCCUGAUUUUAAAAAGCCCUUUUAGUUGUUUAAAUCAGUGAACGAAACUUGACUUGCUUUGCACCCUUGCUUGCUUACAAUUCGGUGCUGGGUUAUUUUGCUGGUUUUGCUACUGCAUUUGCUUUUCCAGCAUAGUAAAUACAGCUGGCCCUAAACGUUGAGAAGUCCUAUCACAUUGCCAAAAUGCAAUGUUCUUAAAAUUCCUGAGACUAUUAGAAUUACAGAAGGGUUCUUUAAAUGUUUUAUUUUCUAGAUCACAUUUUCAGGAUUUUUUCCUAACCACAAGAACUUGAAACAUCAUUCACACAAGUAAAAACCCCAAAUUUUCAUGUACUAACAUACUUUUAAGGAGCCAAUUUACCAUGAACAAUAGUCACUAUAAAGGUGUGCAGUACUGUAAUUUUCUGCUAUUAGUUGAAUAUAUUGAAGACCAACUUACCUUUAGAAUCUUUAAGCUAGUGAUUUUUCUUAAAAAAUAAAACUGAAGAGCAACAAUCCCAAGGCUUUUCCUAUCCCAACCAAAAAAAGUUUCACUGUAGGAAAGACAAGGCAAAAACUACGCAAAGAUACUAACAGUGUAAUCUCCUACUCUUUGAGCAUGCAAUUCAUUGACACAAAGUUUGUGAAAUUUACUUAUCAUGGUUGAUUGAAAAGCAGUUUGUAAUACUUAUCCUCUGUGUGACUCCUUCUUCAGUAUUUAUUGAAUAGCUGAGCACUUUACCAUGCACCUUUAAAUCUUUUUAUGCUUCCUAAAGCAGAUUUCCUUCAGGUUUUGAUAAAUUUAGAAGGUUUCUACAAACACAGAAUCAUAGAAUCAUUUGGGUUGGAAAAGAACCUUUAGGUCAUUGAGUCCAACUGGCACUGAAGCUCACAAAGAUCGAGUCCAACAUCACCCUAAAGCUCACAGAAAGUAUGGAAUUUUGAAUAUGUACAAGAAAAAAACUUUAAAAAUAAUCCUACAGGACUUUCUGAGUUUGCACUAGCUCAGUGUUUAAUUAUUCUGGUAGCACAGUAUUUUUCAUGUAACAUUCAUGUCUGUCCUAGACAUACUGGCUUGUGGUUAAAA